AUGAUUGUUAAGGCAGUGACUGGCAGGGAUGUUGGGAAGUCUGUGUGUGACGAAGCCUCCGAAAUCCUGCCUGGGCGGUGCAUUGAAACACGGCAGUUGGCGCUGGCACUUGGACGUUUGCUUCCAGCAGAACAAGUCAGAAUCAGCUUUUGCUUUCUGUUUACCCAGGCGUGUGGAUUUGAGUUCUAUGAACGCUACAAGGCAGAAGUGGAGGAAGACCGUAAAGAAGCAAUGUGCCGCUUUUACAGAGAAGCCAUGCAGCUAAACUUGUCAGCUGAAUGCAGAAGCGUAUCGUUACGAGAACUUACAGAGUUUUUCCGUCCGGAGCUGGAUCAUGAGUUUUAUGACUUCAGCUGCCGUGCGGCUCUUGUUCUUUUGGACUGGACAGUUGUGUCCGCAUUUUUGACUAGCGGCAAAUGCAGAGAUGAAGACUGCCAGCACGUACUUACUGUGGAUGCUGCAAGCUAUUUUGGUCAUUUCUGCAUUCUGACAAGCUUGAAUGACCGCUCAGCCUCAAUUAUAGACCCAAGUUCCAGCCAACCUCAUGCCGGCAUCCCUCCAGCAAACGUGAGAGGCGGCCGCCUGCUCCAACUUCCGAUUGGUGUAUUUGAAGGUGCUCGGAGAUCCCGCGGCACUGAUGAAGACAUGAUUCUGAUCAGCUGGCAUCGUGAGGCUCUGGUUUCGAGCGGCUAUCAGGCCCCGAGCUUGUCGUGGAUGCCGGCAUUUCUUACUGCCUGUUACCGUGGCAACGCCCGUCUCGUUGCCCAAUUGAUGGAGCGCAUGCAAACCUUUGAAGAGCCAAAUCGACUAAGGACAACACCACUGAUGGUUGCAGCCUGGAGGGGUCACUUGCAAGUUGUUGAGAUGUUGCUUCAAAGGAGGGCCGAUCCAGAUGAACAUGCGGGUAGCGCAGGCGGCACAGCCUUAUGGUUUGCAGCGGAAUGUGGGCACAAAGAGAUAGUCAAGCUGCUCUUGCAGCAUCAGGCCAGUCCAAACGUUGAAUCAGCUGGUCAUAGCGCACUCUGGGUGGCCUCAAAGCAAGGACAUUGUGCCUCGGUGCAGCUUCUUUUGGAAGCAGCGGCUACGCUAGACAAGCAGGGACAAGAUGGUACUGCUUUGUGCGCUGCUGCGCAGACCGGUCAGCUGAAGAUUGUCAGGCUGCUGCUUUCUGUCCAAGCUUCGCUUGAAGCUGUCAACUGCAACCGCGCCACCCCGCUGCUGGUGGCCGCGGAAGCUGGGCGCGUUGAUGUCAUGGAAGUUUUGCUUCAACAAGGAGCCAGCCUGCGUGCGCGAAACCAUAAUGACGCCAGUGCAUUGCACCUUGCUGCUGUUCAAGGUUGA